AUGAGCACCCACCUGGCCAUGCCACCCUACCUGCCCUACCCUGGCACCGUCAGGUAUGGGGACUACUACUGGCUCUCUCCAGGGAGCAUGGACAGCGUGUCCGUCGAGGAGGCUCAGCCGCCGGACCCCGUCCACUUCCCCACGGCGGAGAAGACGCCCAGACAUCCUGACGUUUCUUUAGAUUCCUCCAGCUCUGGGACGCUCACCCAGUACGCCCCGGACUCUGCAACGAGCCCCAGCACGGAGCGCCCAUCGCCCUAUCCCUCCCUCCAGAAGGCCAAGGAGGAAAGUGAGGGUGCAGUGAGGAAGGCCAAGAGCCGCACAGCUUUCUCCCAGGAGCAGCUGCAAACCCUGCACCAGCGGUUCCAGAGCCAGAAGUAUCUCAGCCCCCUGCAGAUCCGGGAGCUGGCAACUGCCCUGGGGCUCACCUACAAGCAGGUGAAAACAUGGUUUCAGAACCAACGCAUGAAAUUCAAACGUUGCCAGAAGGAGAGCCAGUGGAUGGAAAAAGGAGUGUAUCUACCACAGAAUCGGUUCCAUCAGGCUGCAUACCUGGAUAUGACCCCCACAUUUCACCAGGGCUUCCCUGUCAGUUCCAGCAGGAACCGUCAGGCUGUGACCAACAUGCACCAGGCUUACAGCAGUGGCCAGACUUACGGGAAUGGGCAGAGCCUCUACUCUUUCAUGGCUGUGGAGGAUGAGGGGCUCUUUGGCAAAGGUGGGACGAGCUGCAAUACCCACCAAGCCAUGGGUUUAUUAGGCCAGCAGAUGAACUUCUAUCAUGGCUACCCUGCUGAUAUGAAUUAUGUCAGCCUGGAGUCAGAAGACACCUAUAGCUUCCAGAGCACCUCUGACAGCAUCAUGCCGUUCACAAGCUCUCCUGUAAGGCAUCAGUACCAAGCUCCUUGGCAUUCCCUGGGGACCCAGAAUGGUUAUGAGUCUUAG